AAAAAAAAAAAAACCCAGAGAGAGAGGCAAUUUUGGGCCAGAUUUCACAAAAGAAGAGGAAUGAAGGCUGGCGUCCCAGGAGGGUCCUUUUUCGGGGGACUUCUGCUCGUUUUAGCCGCGACCUGCUUAUGGCCAGCGAAUGGGAAGAUUUGUGGGCCAAACAUGGAUAUCCGGAACAGCGUGCAGCAACUGAAACAGCUGGAGGACUGCACAGUGAUCGAAGGGUUUCUCCGGAUUUUGUUGAUCCCCCAGGGCGAGGACUUCAGCUCCUACCGCUUCCCCAAACUCACCGUCAUCACCGACUACCUGCUGCUGUUCCGCGUGGCGGGUCUGGAGACCCUCAGCGACCUCUUCCCCAACCUCACGGUCAUCCGCGGCAAGAACCUUUUCUACAAUUACGCCCUGGUCAUCUUUGAGAUGACCAACCUCAAAGACAUCGGGCUGUACAACUUGAGGAACAUCACCCGGGGGGCCAUCCGGAUCGAGAAGAACUCCGACUUGUGUUACCUCUCCACCGUGGACUGGUCUCUCAUCCUGGAUGCGGCGUCCAACAACUACGUCAUAGGGAAUAAGUCGCCAAAGGAAUGUGGGGACCUGUGCCCGGGCACGGCGGAGGGGAAUUCGCGGUGUAAGACGACCUACAUUAACGACGAACACAGUCCCCGGUGCUGGACCUCCAACCACUGCCAAAAAAUAUGUCCCAGCUCUUGCGGCAAGCACGCGUGCAUGGACCAGAAUGAAUGUUGCCACCCGGAAUGCUUGGGGAGCUGUACGGCACCAAACAACAACUCCGCCUGCGUGGCUUGCCGCAACUACUACCACGACGGGGUUUGCGUCCCCACCUGCCCGCCCAACACCUACAAGUUCGAGGGCUGGCGCUGCAUCACCCGGGAGACCUGCAAAGAGCUGUCUACGGCGGUGCCGGAAGACGAGAAGUUUGUGAUUCAUGACAACGAGUGCGUGCCGGAGUGCCCUCCCGGGUUCAUGCUUAAUGACUCCCAAAGCAUGUUCUGCAGCCCGUGUGAAGGACCGUGUCCCAAGGAGUGUUCAGGUGACAAGACUCUGACCAUCGACUCUGUCACGGCAGCACAGAUGCUUCAAGGGUGCACGGUGAUCAACGGGAAUCUGCUGAUCAACAUCCGCCGUGGGAACAACAUCGCUGCAGAACUGGAGAACUUUAUGGGCUUGAUUGAAACGGUGACAGGUUAUGUAAAGAUCCGGCAUUCGCACGCACUGGUGUCGCUGUCUUUCUUGAAAAAUCUGCGGUAUAUUAACGGAGAGGAACAAUUGGAUGGGAAUUACUCAUUUUAUGUGUUGGACAACCAAAAUCUACAGCAGCUGUGGGAUUGGAGCCAUCACAACCUGACUAUCCGGGAGGGGAAAAUGUACUUCGCUUUUAACCCUAGACUUUGCACGACUGAGAUUCACCGGAUGGAGGAGGUUACAGGAACCAAAGGUCGGCAAGGCAAAGGGGACAUAAACUCGAGGAACAACGGGGAGAGAGCCUCCUGCGAAAGCCAGAUUCUGCACUUUGUCUCCAACACCACCAUGAAGAACAGGAUCAAGCUCAUGUGGGAAUACUAUCGCCCCAAAGACUACAGAGAUCUUAUUAGCUUCACCGUUUAUUACAAAGAAGCGCCCUUCAAGAAUGUGACGGAGUACGACGGGCAGGACGCUUGCGGUUCCAACAGCUGGAACAUGGUGGACGUCGACCUGCCCGCCGGCAAAGACGAGAAUCCUGGGAUUUUACUGCAGCCGCUAAAGCCGUGGACUCAGUAUGCCAUUUACGUCAAGGCGGUCACGCUGACCAUGAUGGAGAACAACCCCGCUCAAGGCGCGAAGAGUGAGAUCGUCUACAUCCGAACCAAAGCUGCAGUGCCAUCCAUCCCUCUCGACGUUGGCUCGAUCUCCAAUUCCUCCUCGGAGCUGGUUGUGAAGUGGAGGCCCCCCACCCUCCCCAACGGCAACCUGUCCUACUAUAUCGUCCGGUGGCAGCAGCAGCCCCAGGACAGCUACCUGUACGAGCACAACUAUUGCGCCAACGGUAAGGUCCCCAUUCGGAGGCAUUCUGACGGGACGUUCGACACAGAGGAGGCCACCGAGCCGACCAAGCCGCAGGGUUCCGAGGGGGAGAAAGACCAUUGCUGCACCUGUCCGAAGACAGAGGCGGACAAGCAAGCAGAGAAGGAGGAGGCGGAGUACCGCAAAGUCUUUGAGAACUACCUCCACAAUACCAUCUUUCUGCCCAGGCACGACCGGAAGCGAAGGGACCUGUUCAGAGCUGCGAACACAACUCUGGGCUCCAAGGGCAAGAACGCGACGGUCCCAGAACGCUUUGCCAACGCGUCGGAUGCGGAAGAGGGCGAUAUCGAAUACCCCUUCUUUGAAACCAAGGUGGAAGGCAGGGAACUGACCGUCAUCUCCCACUUGCUGCCAUUCACGGUCUACCGCAUUGACAUUCACAGCUGCAACCACGAAGCUCUGACGCUGGGCUGCAGCGCUGCAAAUUUUGUCUCGGCCAGAACCAUGCCAGAAGCCGGAGCCGAUGACAUUCCAGGACCUGUAACGUGGGAAGCGAAGGAAGAAAACAUGAUUUAUUUGAAGUGGCCAGAACCUCCAAGCCCCAACGGGUUGAUCCUGACAUACGAAAUCAAAUACGGGCCCGUCGGAGGAGAGGAGAAAGGGGAAUGUAUUUUCAGGCAAGAGUAUAAGAAGCACGGGGGAGCCAAACUGAUGCAUUUGAGUCCUGGAAACUAUUCCGUGAGAGUCCAAGCAACUUCUCUUUCGGGGAAUGGAUCCUGGACCGAACCCAUCUCUUUCUAUGUCCAGCCCAAGCCGCCAGACUAUGGAAACUUCCUGCAUCUCAUCAUUGUUCUUCCCAUCGCCGUCCUGCUGGUCGUUGGAGGCCUGCUGAUAAUGCUCUAUGUCUGCAACAAAAAGAGGAACAGUGACAGGCUGGGAAAUGGAGUUCUGUACGCGUCGGUGAACCCGGAAUAUUUCAGUGCUUCAGAUGUUUAUGUCCCGGAUGAGUGGGAAGUACCCCGGGAGAAGAUCACCAUGUGCCGAGAGCUGGGGCAGGGCUCCUUCGGGAUGGUGUACGAGGGAAUCGCGAAGGGCGUGGUCAAAGACGAGCUGGAAACCCGGGUGGCCAUCAAGACGGUGAACGAGUCGGCGAGCAUGCGCGAGCGGAUCGAGUUUCUGAACGAGGCCUCUGUGAUGAAGGAGUUCAACUGUCACCACGUGGUGCGGCUUCUCGGCGUCGUCUCUCAAGGGCAGCCCACAUUGGUCAUCAUGGAACUCAUGACCCGGGGAGAUCUGAAGAGUUAUCUGCGGUCUCUUCGGCCAGACACGGAGAACAACCCCGCACAGACCCUUCCGGCCCUGAAGAAGAUGAUUCAGAUGGCAGGCGAGAUUGCAGACGGCAUGGCCUAUCUGAAUGCCAACAAGUUUGUCCACAGAGAUCUCGCUGCAAGGAACUGUAUGGUUGCAGAAGACUUUACUGUGAAAAUUGGAGAUUUUGGCAUGACGAGAGACAUCUACGAAACGGAUUACUACCGGAAAGGAGGGAAAGGCCUGCUGCCAGUUCGCUGGAUGUCCCCGGAAUCGCUGAAGGAUGGCGUGUUCACGACGCAUUCAGAUGUUUGGUCUUUUGGCGUCGUCCUGUGGGAAAUAGCCACGCUGGCGGAGCAGCCGUACCAAGGCAUGUCCAACGAGCAAGUCCUCCGCUUUGUGAUGGAGGGCGGACUUCUGGAGAAACCGGACAAUUGCCCCGAUAUGCUUUUUGAGCUGAUGCGUAUGUGCUGGCAGUACAACCCCAAGAUGAGACCCGCCUUCUUGGAAAUCAUUGGGAGCAUCAAGGACGAGCUUGACCCAGCCUUCAAAGAGGUCUCCUUCUUCUACAGCGACGAGAACAAGCCCCCCGACACAGAAGAGCUCGACUUGGAGACGGAGAACAUGGAGAGCAUUCCUUUAGACCCCUCCUCGACCCUCCAACCUUCUGACAAACACUCAGGACACAAAGCGGAGAACGGCCCGGGCGUGGUGGUCCUCCGGGCCAGCUUUGAGGAGAGGCAGCCGUACGCGCACAUGAACGGGGGGCGCAAGAACGAGCGAGCUUUGCCUUUGCCCCAGUCUUCGGCCUGCUGACCUUCAGAGCCAGGUUUUUGCAAACACGU